GCUCACCAGCUCGGCCACUGCUCGCGCUGGCUCGGCCGCCGCCACCGCCGCUAACGCCGCCAACGCCACCACAGCUUCCUCCGCUGCGGGGCCAAAGCCUUGAGUGUCAUUCAAGGGACAGCACAACCUCACCCAAGCUCUCCUACCUCUGCCCAGCCGUCCCUCUCAUCCUCCCCCUUCCUCCGCCACACUCCAUCCAAAGAAGAGGGAAAGCGCGGAGCAGAGGGAGAGAAAGGCAAAGUCUGCCACCCUCUUCCCUUGGCCCCCUUGCUCCUCCAUCCCGAUUUUGACUCCCAGACCCUCCUUCCCAAAGGACCCUCUGGAACUGAAGCGACUCACCCUACUGCCAUGUCCAAAAGCUUGAAAAAGAAAAGCCACUGGACUAGCAAAGUCCACGAGAGUGUCAUUGGCAGGAACCCGGAGGGCCAGCUGGGCUUUGAACUGAAGGGGGGCGCCGAAAACGGACAGUUCCCCUACCUGGGGGAGGUGAAGCCGGGCAAGGUGGCCUAUGAAAGCGGCAGCAAGUUGGUGUCCGAGGAGCUGCUGCUGGAGGUGAACGAAACCCCCGUGGCGGGGCUCACCAUCAGGGACGUUCUGGCCGUGAUCAAACACUGCAAGGACCCCCUCCGGCUCAAGUGUGUCAAGCAAGGAGGAAUUGUUGAUAAAGACCUUCGUCACUACCUCAACCUAAGAUUUCAGAAGGGUUCUGUUGACCACGAACUACAGCAAAUCAUCCGUGACAACCUCUACCUCCGCACGGUGCCAUGCACCACAAGGCCACAUAAGGAGGGUGAGGUCCCUGGAGUGGACUACAUUUUCAUAACCGUUGAGGACUUUAUGGAAUUGGAGAAGAGUGGUGCUCUCCUUGAAAGCGGGACCUAUGAAGACAACUACUACGGUACCCCGAAGCCUCCAGCUGAACCAGCACCAUUAUUAAAUGUAACAGACCAGAUACUUCCGGGAGCUACUCCAAGUGCUGAGGGGAAGCGGAAGAGAAACAAGUCAGUGACCAACAUGGAGAAAGCAAGUAUAGAGCCUCCAGAGGAGGAGGAAGAAGAAAGGCCUGUAGUCAAUGGAAACGGCGUGGUCAUAACCCCAGAAUCCAGUGAACAUGAAGACAAAAGUGCAGGUGCCUCAGGGGAGACACCCUCCCAGCCUUACCCUGCACCCGUGUACAGUCAGCCCGAAGAGCUCAAGGACCAGAUGGAUGAUACAAAGCCAACAAAGCCUGAGGAGAAUGAGGACUCUGAUCCAUUGCCUGAUAACUGGGAAAUGGCCUACACAGAGAAAGGGGAAGUCUACUUCAUUGACCAUAACACAAAGACAACAUCAUGGCUGGAUCCGCGACUUGCGAAAAAGGCUAAACCUCCAGAAGAGUGCAAAGAAAAUGAGCUUCCAUAUGGCUGGGAAAAAAUCGAUGAUCCUAUAUAUGGCACUUACUAUGUUGACCACAUAAAUAGAAGAACACAGUUUGAAAACCCUGUCCUGGAAGCAAAAAGGAAGCUACAGCAACAUAACAUGCCCCACACAGAACUUGGAGCAAAGCCCCUGCAGGCCCCAGGUUUCCGAGAAAAGCCACUCUUCACCCGCGAUGCAUCCCAGUUGAAGGGUACCUUCCUCAGCACCACCCUCAAAAAGAGCAACAUGGGCUUUGGGUUUACCAUCAUUGGUGGAGAUGAGCCCGAUGAGUUUCUACAGGUGAAAAGUGUGAUCCCGGACGGGCCUGCCGCACAGGAUGGGAAAAUGGAGACAGGUGAUGUCAUUGUCUAUAUUAAUGAAGUUUGUGUCCUUGGACACACUCAUGCAGAUGUUGUCAAACUUUUCCAGUCUGUUCCUAUUGGUCAGAGUGUCAACUUGGUGUUGUGUCGUGGCUACCCUUUGCCCUUUGACCCUGAAGAUCCUGCUAACAGCAUGGUGCCACCCCUUGCAAUAAUGGAGAGGCCACCUCCAGUGAUGGUCAACGGAAGACAUAACUAUGAAACAUAUUUGGAAUACAUUUCUCGGACCUCACAGUCGGUCCCAGAUAUUACAGACCGGCCACCUCAUUCUUUGCACUCCAUGCCAGCUGAUGGCCAGCUAGAUGGCACGUAUCCACCACCCGUCCAUGACGACAAUGUGUCUAUGGCUUCGUCUGGAGCCACUCAAGCUGAACUUAUGACCUUAACCAUUGUGAAAGGUGCCCAGGGAUUUGGCUUUACUAUUGCCGACAGUCCCACGGGACAGCGGGUGAAACAAAUCCUUGACAUUCAGGGAUGCCCUGGGCUGUGUGAAGGAGACCUCAUUGUUGAGAUCAACCAACAGAAUGUACAGAACCUGAGCCAUACAGAAGUAGUGGAUAUACUUAAGGACUGCCCCGUUGGAAGUGAGACUUCUUUAAUCAUCCAUCGAGGAGGUUUCUUUUCUCCAUGGAAAACUCCAAAGCCUAUGAUGGACCGGUGGGAGAACCAAGGCAGUCCACAAACAAGUUUAUCUGCUCCAGCCGUCCCACAGAACCUGCCCUUCCCGCCUGCCCUUCACAGGAGCUCCUUUCCUGAUUCAACAGAGGCCUUUGACCCACGGAAGCCUGACCCAUAUGAGCUCUACGAGAAAUCGAGAGCCAUUUAUGAAAGUAGGCAACAAGUGCCACCCAGGACCAGUUUUCGAAUGGAUUCCUCUGGUCCAGAUUAUAAGGAACUGGAUGUUCACCUUCGGAGGAUGGAGUCUGGAUUUGGCUUUAGAAUCCUUGGAGGAGAUGAACCUGGACAACCUAUUUUGAUCGGAGCCGUCAUUGCCAUGGGCUCAGCUGACAGAGACGGCCGUCUACACCCAGGAGAUGAGCUUGUCUAUGUGGAUGGGAUCCCGGUGGCUGGCAAGACCCACCGCUAUGUCAUCGACCUCAUGCACCACGCGGCCCGCAACGGGCAGGUUAACCUCACUGUGAGAAGAAAGGUGCUAUGUGGAGGGGAGCCCUGCCCAGAGAAUGGGAGAAGUCCAGGCUCUGUAUCAACUCACCACAGCUCUCCGCGCAGUGACUAUGCCACCUACUCCAACAGCAACCACGCCGCCCCCAGCAGCAAUGCCUCGCCUCCUGAAGGCUUUGCCUCACACAGCCUGCAGACCAGUGAUGUGGUCAUUCACCGCAAAGAAAACGAAGGGUUUGGCUUCGUCAUCAUCAGCUCUCUGAACAGGCCUGAGUCUGGAGCCACCAUAACUGUGCCCCAUAAAAUUGGACGAAUCAUUGAUGGGAGCCCUGCAGAUCGCUGUGCCAAACUCAAAGUGGGCGACCGGAUCUUAGCAGUCAACGGCCAGUCUAUCAUCAACAUGCCUCACGCUGACAUUGUGAAGCUCAUCAAGGACGCGGGUCUCAGUGUCACCCUUCGCAUCAUUCCUCAGGAGGAGCUCAACAGCCCAACAUCAGCACCCAGUUCAGAAAAACAGAGCCCCAUGGCCCAGCAGCACAGCCCUCUGGCCCAGCAGAGUCCUCUGGCCCAGCCAAGCCCAGCCACCCCCAACAGCCCGGUCGCACAGCCAGCUCCUCCCCAACCUCUCCAGCUGCAAGGACAUGAAAAUAGUUACAGGUCAGAAGUUAAAGCGAGGCAAGAUGUGAAGCCAGACAUCCGGCAGCCUCCCUUCACAGACUACAGGCAGCCCCCGCUGGACUACAGGCAGCCCCCCGGAGGAGACUACUCGCAGCCCCCACCCUUGGACUACAGGCAGCACUCCCCAGACACCAGGCAGUACCCUCUGUCAGACUACAGGCAGCCACAGGAUUUUGAUUAUUUCACUGUGGACAUGGAGAAAGGAGCCAAAGGAUUUGGAUUCAGCAUUCGUGGAGGAAGGGAAUACAAGAUGGAUCUGUAUGUGUUGAGACUGGCAGAGGAUGGGCCAGCCAUAAGGAACGGCAGGAUGAGGGUAGGAGAUCAGAUCAUUGAAAUAAAUGGGGAAAGCACACGCGACAUGACCCAUGCCAGAGCAAUAGAACUCAUCAAGUCUGGAGGAAGAAGAGUGCGGCUGCUGCUGAAGAGAGGCACGGGGCAGGUCCCGGAGUACGGAAUGGUACCUUCCAGCCUCUCCAUGUGCAUGAAAAGUGACAAGCAUGGGUCCCCAUAUUUCUACUUACUGGGCCACCCUAAAGACACGACGAACCCCACGCCUGGAGUGUUGCCGCUGCCGCCGCCCCAGGCCUGCCGGAAGUAGGCGUCUCCCUCGAAGACAUCCUCUCUCCAUUCUCUCCAUCACAUCCAGCCCCACCCUCCGACCCUUCCCACCAGAUAGGCCCAGACCCAACUUGGGAUAUCCAAAGGGAACACGACGUUAGGAAACCAAAGGAGCUUUCGGCCGGCGGCCAGAAGAAGCAGCGCCUGGGGGAGCAGAGGGAGCGCUCGGCGAGCCCGCAGCGCAGUGCGCGGCCCAGGCUGGAGGAGGUGCCCGGCGGCCAGGGGCGGCCCGAGGCCGGCAGGCCCGCCUCGGAGGCGGCCGACGGGAAGGAGGCGCUGCGCGGCCGGCGCGAGGGCCUCGGGGCCGCGGGCGCGCGGGAGGCCGAGGCCAAGGUGGGUGUGCGCUCGGGGGCCCGACCCGCAGCGCGGCCCACGGGGGGCGGCCCAGCGCGCAAAGCAACGAUGGCGCCGGGGCCCUGGAAGGUACCGGGCUCCGACAAGCUGCCGGGCGCCCUGCAGCCUGGCGCCUCGGCCGCGGGCAGAUGAGCCCCAAGCCGGGGGACCCCGCCCGCCUCUACGCAGGCCGAUCUUCCUGGGUUCCGUCUCACGGCGUUUUAAUUUAUUUCCACUGUCACACGCAUAGAUCUAUACGAGGCGCCGAAGCCCGGGAGCGCCGGCGUGCGACGCGCGUAGGCGGCACGGCACGGUGUGCGCACAGGCAGACCUAAACUGAUCCCAAAGCCCCCGGUUCCAUGGUGGGAGCUUUGGCAGCUACGGAAGAACCAAAAUCACGCAAACAUCACAGAGAGACAGUGCAGUGUAGCUUUAGUUUCAGAAAGAGAAAAAGAAAAAAGUUCCCCCCACUGCAUGAAGGAUUUGGAUGUCAUCCAAACUUUAUAUCAAGAAACUGGACAAGUUCAGAGCAAUCACAAACUGGAAUAUCGCCUUAAAAAAAAAAAAUCAAACUGCACGGAGCAAGCGGAAACUGAGACAAGAUUAUAUCUUUUAAUUGAUCUAAAGUGUUGUAAAUAAAUCGUUCUUGACAUAUCUAGACAGGGGAUAAAGGGUUUCUUUGAAACAUCCAGAACUGUUCUCCCAUGCUACGUUUCCAUGGCUCCCCCUUCAGCAUCCACCAAGGGUAUUAGCAGCAGCGUUCCCUGCCUACUGCAGGAUGAGUUAGAAACCUAGUGAAUUCAUUGGUGUGAUGCCUUUUUUACUGCCAUUUCUGUGGUCAAGUCACAUUUCUGUACAUUUUCAGUAGUAGGGAAAAAAGAUUUUAAAAAUUGUAUCCUAGGGAGCAGUUUGCCGUAAGUCAGAAUUUUGCAGGUUAGCUCGUAGAUCUUAAUUGGUUUCCUCUAAAAUAAUGAGUUUGAUAAUCAAAAGACCAUAAUCUGUUUAAUCGAGAUUGACAACGCUGCAGUUCCUUCCUGAAAAGGCUUCCUGUCAUCCCAGGCGCUCAGAGAUACGUAGCUGCUCUGUUAGCAAUCUUCUAUUUUACCUAUUUGAUUGUCUUAUUUUAAAGCUCUUCAUUUGCACUUUGACAAAGUAUUUGUCCUAUAUUUCUCAAAUUAGAAUCUCUAAUAUUGAAAGCAUUAUGAUAACUAAUUUAUUUUCAUUAAAGAACAUAAGUCCUUUGGCAUUCCUUUCUGCUUUCCUUAUUUGAUCUCCUUUUUGUUUCCCCCUUUAGCUUUCGCCUCCAAUUUGCUAAUGCGUUUUGUUACACUAACAAUCUAUAGAUGCACCUUUAUGUCCCCGGGUUACCAUCGCAGGUCAGCGAUUGUCCCUGCAGUAGAAACUGUCAAACGUUAACUUUAGUCAGCUAUCCAUUGGUAUUUAUUGUAGCUGCACGUAUUUAAAGACAAAAUGAAGGCAUUUUGUCAUGAAUAUGUUUUGUAUAACUGAGGCUUCAACUCUUCAGAUAUUCUUCUUCUUACACAAGUACUUGUUGAGUAAGAGGGAGGCCAGGUCACAUGUAACUGCUGUCUCAAUGAGUCUUCCCACUCUCUGGACACUGCCUAGUUUAAUUUCCAUCAUACAUAAAGAUAGUUGUUCCACAAGCAAAUAUGGUCAGAAGCCUCACGUGAAGGGUAUUGCAGCUUGUAAAAGUAAUUUCCAAAAUGAAACACGUUCAUCAUAAACAAAGCACAAACACGUGUAGCAGUUUAUACUUUCGGUUUAAUCUCAAUUCAUCUUUCUCCCCUGGACUAGAAAUCCAGUAUAGUUUGCCAUUAAUUUAUUGACUCUGGGUUUGGACCAUGCUCUGUAGUGUAGCUGCACGUCUGUCCUGGUACUGCGUCCUCUGACCUUUCCUUUCCAUAGGCUACAGAAGGACAACUGUGGAGAUUACCCUUGCAUACACUCUAAUUUGCACACUUCACAGCUACUACCCAUGCAGCAGUUGCGUUAUGCGACUGUAAUCCAUAACCCGUGAAGACAGCGCAUCAUCUAAAUCUCAUUCCAAAUAAUAUUUCUGUGUAGUGUUAGCUGUGAAUUUACCCUGUACAGCUGUAUCUCUAUAAAUAUAAUUCCAUGUAUUCAUAGUCACAGAAAGACUGUAAGUGAGCAACUAUUUUUAUGAAACGCACCACUAUGGAUAAAUUAACUUUUACAGAAAUCUUGUUUACUGUAUGAUAUUCUAAAACACUGUCAAAUAAAAUAUAUAUCCAAAAAUCUUUUCUUUUUCCAGCU